GCGUUUGUGAAGAUAGAGAUGCUGAUGAUGAUGAUGACGAGAAGAGUGACAGCUUCUUCCCCAAACUUCCCCACAGUGACGCUCCUCCCACAGUCAACUUCUAGCCGUCGAACACGCAACUGUUUUUCACGAGUGGACGGCAGCACGUCGAACACUUGACGGAGAGGAUCAGACGGAACUGGAGCAUGAGAGUGUAAAAGUUCUCUGAAGGUCACCAUGAAGCCCCCGCCGCGGUUCCUCCUCCCCAUGUGGACCUUGCUCGUCUUCUCCGCGGCACUGAAGGUUUCACAAGCACAGUGCAGAAGUUGUAGUGAAAUCGAUGGUAUCCUUAACGCCACGACGACAACCAUUUUGUCGGGAAUGCCAAACUGCAGCCUGACUGUUGGGGACAUUUCCGGGAACGGUACACUGACUGAUCUGAGUCCAGGAACCACCUAUAUGGUCCAUCUAGCUUGCUCAGGAUGUUGUCAAAAUGUCACAACUAAGCCCGCUCAAGUCCAAAAUCUCACUGUGACUUCAGUCACAACAUCCUCAAUUUCAGUGUCCUGGACUGAACCGGUGGGAGCCGUUUCAAACUAUAAGGUUCAGUGGACAGAUGGCAUGAUGGAAGCUGUUGCCAAUGAAACCUCUAAACUUAUCACUGAGUUGGCGUCCGGAACUAAGUACAACAUAUACGUGAGCGCAGUAGCAGACGACAGCCUCACCGAAGGAGAGAUGGCGACCGUCUCACAAUAUACAAGGCCCAAUCAAGUCCAAGACCUUACUGUGAUAGAAGUCACCACUUCCUCCAUACGGUUAAAUUGGAGUCACCCUGUGGGAGGGCAUCUGCUCUAUAGAGUAGAGUGGACUGGUGGAAACAUGGAAAAUACAUCUGCAACUAGCAUCGACAUCAGCAGCCUCAGUCCAGGAGUCCAGCAUCAAAUUAAUGUGACUGCAGUUGCUGCUGACCGCCGCACGACGGGAGCCAGUAAAGAUGUCUUCCAAUACACAAGACCAGGCAAGAUCCUGAAUGCCACAUUGGGCUCUAACACCACAUCUAUUUGGUUGAGCUGGAGUCCGCCUGCUGGCCAAAUGUUGAACUACAGACUGACAUGGCACAACGGCGGGGAGCGACUGAUAAGAUACUCGGCUCAGGAGUCUGCCCUGUUAUCACACCUGACACCAGGAGUGGAAUACACGGUCACGCUUGUCGCCAUUGCACAAGAUAAUAAAACGGAAGGAGAAUCCAUCACCCUUUCCCAGUUUACAAAGCCUGCAGUGGUAAGAAACCUCUCGAUUGUUGAAGUCACAACAACAUCAGUGUCACUGAGCUGGACCCCUCCAGAAGGAGGCGCUUCCAUGUACAUUAUAAACUGGAGUGACAGAGCAAAUGUGUUCAGUAACAUUACUGCUGACACUUCCUACACUAUCAUCAAUUUAACUCCUGGGUCUCAGUAUAACAUCACUGUCACCUCUGCUGUGGGAAAUUUGAGCAUUGAAGGAGAAAAAACUCGGACAACGACAUUCACAAGACCCGAGAAGCCUCUGGAAGUGACAGUCACACCAGCAACUGAUAGUCUCAACAUCUCCUGGAUGUUGCAGGCAGGAAGAGCUGAUCACUAUAUGCUGAACGUCUCAAAUGAAGAUCUGACGUAUCUUCAUAGCCGUACAACAGCAGUCACCACUGCUAAUGUUGCUGGUUUGCAACCAGGGAGACUUUAUAACGUCACUGUGACGUCUGUUGCUGGAGACCUAUUGAACACAUCUGAUGUUUACUCAUUUGCCACAGUUCCUACACCGCCUGGCUCCAUCAUCAUCAGUGAGAGGACCAACUCUUCACUCCAGAUUCAGUGGGCGACGCCCCGCAUGAUGGCCGACGCUCCAAGCUUCAGCUACUUUAUAAGCUACAGGACGUCCUUCACUGAAUCACAAACAACCAGUUCCACUAACAGCACUGUGUUGUCUCAUCUCUCCUCUGGAACCCACUACAUGGUUUUUGUCCAAACAGUUGGACCUCAGAAUUUAAAGAGCGCAGGUGUCAGUCAGACUUCCUUUACGAUUCCCAAUCCGGUGUUGGAUCUGGAGGCCCGACCACGUAACACCACAUCAAUAACUGUGGAGUGGUCAGACCCACUGGGUGUGCAGGUGUUCUACCAAUACCGGGUCAGAACCCACAAUUUAAAUGGAACAAUUGAAAGUUCAAUGGAGGUCAGUGAUACUAAAACUGAAGUACAUGGUCUGGAGCCAGGAACAGAAUACAGAAUCACUGUAGAAACUGUGGCAGCACCGGAAAGUGUGUCAGAACCAGAGCAGACUGACACUUACACAAAGCCGGAAGCAGUGACGGGUCUGAGAGAGGUGCAUGUAAAUGCCAGUGUCAUCCAGUUGACAUGGAUCAGACAGAGAGAUCAUAAAUCCACCUACUCCUACCUGGUGGACAUGUACUUGGAUGAGGAUAAGAUCCUGAAUGUGACAACACAAAGAGAAACCUACACCUUCUACAAUCUGAUCCCAGGGAGACAGUACCGUUUUGAUGUGUACACUGUUGUAGGAAAUGUGGCGUCUAUUGUAAAGAGUGCUUCAGUACACACAAGACCUGAGGUGGUUUCGGACAUCACGGUCGUGGGAGGAACGACAGAUAUAUCGGUGAUGUGGACACCAGCUCCUGGCGGAGUGGACUUCUAUGUUGUCUUUUUGAGAAGAGACUCACAGCAGAUAAAUAUGACUCGCAUUAAUAACUCAAAUGGAACAACAUUUGAGGGUCUGACACCAGGAGUUCGCUAUUGUGCCGAGGUCGUCACCACAACUUCUGAUUUGAGCAGUUCAAGUUCCAGCGUUUGCAAUGCAACAGUUCCCACACCUCCAGGUCCCAUCACUGUGGAAUCCCAAACUGUUGACUCUGUUAACUUCACCUGGACUGAUCCGAGUGGUAUGGAUCACGAUCAGUACACCUUCUUUGUGUCCACCUUCAAUGGCUCUUACGUCACCAAAGACCCAUGGUUCUUGAUGGAUGAGCUGGAGCCAGGAACUUUGUACAAUAUUUCCGUUGUAACGCUCGGCUUGUUGGACUAUAAGAGCACAGCAGUGACUGGGAGCAGUUACACUAUUCCCCAUCCGGUGUUGAAUCUGGAGGCCCGCCCACGUAACACCACAUCAAUAACUGUGGACUGGUCGGAACCACAGGGUGUGCAGGUGUUCUACAAAUACCGGGUCAGAACCCACACUUUAAAUGGAACAAUUGAAAGUUCACAGGAGGUCAGUGAUACUAAAGCUGAAGUACAUGAUCUGGAGCCAGGAACAGAAUACAGAAUCACUGUAGAAACUGUGGCAGCACCGGAAAGUGUGUCAGAACCAGAGCAGACUGACACUUACACAAAGCCGGAAGCAGUGACGGGUCUGAGAGAGGUGCAUGUAAAUGCCAGUGUCAUCCAGUUGACAUGGAUCAGACAGAGAGAUCAUAAAUCCACCUACUCCUACCUGGUGGACAUGUACUUGGAUGAGGAUAAGAUCCUGAAUGUGACAACACAAAGAGAAACCUACACCUUCUACAAUCUGAUCCCAGGGAGACAGUACCGUUUUGAUGUGUACACUGUUGUUGGAGGGGUGAAGUCCAUUGUUGCGAACAUUUCAGUUCUCACAAAGCCCUCGGAAGUGAUGAACAUUACACUCAUUGGAACAACAACAGAUAUGUUUGUGACCUGGAGUCUUCCGUCUGGUCAUGUGGAUUCGUAUUCAGUCUUGUUCAAAAGAGACACUGAGUUGGAGUACACAAACAGCAAUCUAAGUGUCACGUCCGAAAAUGCAACUUUAGUGGGUCUGACACCAGGAGUCCUAUACUGUGUAGUGGUGGUCACCAAAACAGCCCAUUUGGAGACAAACAGUUCUUCUGUGUGCAACGCAACCUUUCCAACCCCUCCAGGUCCCAUCACUGUUUACUCUCAGACCGUCAGCUCCAUCACCUUCACCUGGAUGGAUCCAGAUGGAAUGAGUCAUAAUCAGUACAGAUUUCGUGUCACAACUUUUAGAGACUCUUUCAUAACCAGAAACAACUCAGUCACUCUGGACGACCUACAAGCUGGAACUCUCUACUCUGUUUCUGUCGCAACAGUUGGUUUGUUGGCGUAUGAAAGUACAGCGGUGACUGGUCAAAACUAUACCAUCCCUCAGAGAGUGGAACCCAAAAUCUCCAGCCAAGGCUCCAACAGUUCAGUCAUGGUGACAUGGAAUACUCCGCCAGGAGGAGUGGAGUACUACGUUGUGACCCUAAAUGGUUCACUGAUGGAUUUCGAACCAAGGAGGUUGAACAAUGAUACGCAGGAGUUGCUCUUUGAUUCUCUCUCUGCCGGGAUGCUGUACACAGCAGUAGUGACCACACACAGUGGUCCGUGUAGUGCCUCGUCUGAGCCAGUGUCAAAUGCGACUUUUCCCAACCGUCCUGGUCCGAUUGAGAUCGUAAUGAAGACAACUAGAUCGCUGACGCUGAAGUGGGCAGAACCUAUUCUAAUGGACAAUGCUGAAUUCCAGUACAAAUUGGAAAUCUCUCCACCCGGAACAAUGUUUGCCUGGACUCCACACACAAGCUACACCUUUUUCGCCUUGGUUUCAGGGACUCCACACAACAUCACUGUGGCAACAGUGGGUCUCAUGAAUCUUAAAAGUGACCCAGUCACCAUCUACUCUGUUUCCACAAGGCCAAAGACUGUGCAGAGUCCCUCAUUAUCAAGUGAAGAAGACAAAAUCAAAGUCACGUGGAGCCAUCCUGAUCAAUAUAAGACUAGCUACCGUUACUUUUUGACCUGGCAUAGCUUUGAGCAGUCGGUCAAUAGAAGCACUACUGUCACAAAAAAUGAGUUCACCAUCAAUCAUUUGACGCCUGGAACCAGCUACAACAUCAGCAUUACCACAGAAACAAUGGAUGGAACCAGAGGUCUUCCUUACUGGAUCGAUGGAUGCACAGAUGCAAGUCCAGUUAAUGGCGUCGCUAUUCAAAGUCCAAACACAGCAAAUGCAAAGAUCAUUGUGUCCUGGUCCAAACCCAGAGGUCAUCAUCGAGGUGUCAAGCUUUCUAUUCCAGAAGCAAACAUUGUUCGGUACACAAGUGCCUGUCUCCAAAAUUGCAGUCUCACAAUCUCCAAUCUGAGUCACCAUACAGAAUACAACCUGACAUUGGAGACUCUUGGCUGUGGUCAUCCCAGCAAACCUGUGUAUAUGUCCGCUAGAACUGGCAUUACGGAACCAAUCAUUCCAGAGAACUUUGAGUCACUAUCAAUGGUAAAUGACAUAAAGUACAACCAGUUUUCUGUUCAAAUUGACUCCAAACUUUUGGUGAGCAACGAAGGCCCAAUCACCAGCGUGGGUGUGUUGAUCACGAACAGUCCAGCAGACAUAAAUGCUGCUGAUAUGAAGAGGUACUUGGGAAAGACAUAUGAAGAGUGGCGCCAGAAGAAAACCCUGGCAUACUUGGCCAUACUCAGAGAGAGAGACCUUAAUACACGUAGAAAUAUGGAGGAUAUGGUCAUUGUAGUUGGAGAUACAAACAAAUGGCAAAGCUAUGACAAUGGUUUUCUCAGUGGAAACGGACGAUACCACUACGCCAUUGCCCUGUUCACCAAGGUCGCCCUCGAGAGAGGCCUCGUAGAUGAUCGGUCAUCAAUUGUAUCAAUAACAGGCUUUUAUCCUGAGGUCCACCUCCCACAUGACCCAGAGUUUAUUGGCCUGGCUGUCGGAGUUCCCUUGGGGAUUUUCUGCAUGCUCUUCAUCAUUCUCAUCGGAUUUAUCGUCUACUGGAGAAGGUUGGCCACAAAAGAAUCGUCAGAGAUUCAGAUACAUUCAAUGGGGGCUAAAGUAAGUGCUGCUGUGAAGGUUGAGGACUUCGAAGCAUUUUACAAAAAGCAGAAAGCCGAUUCCAACUGCGGAUUUGCCGAGGAGUUUGAGGACCUGAAAAUUGUUGGUACCGGCCUGGCGAAAUUAAACGCCCUCAGUCUGGAGAACAAGCCGAAAAACCGCUACAACAAUGUGCUCCCAUAUGAUUCUUCGAGGGUGAAGCUUUCCAUUAUUAGCGGAAGCCCAUAUGAUGAUUACAUCAAUGCUAACUACAUGCCGGGCUACCUUUCCAGGAAAGAGUUCAUUGCAGCUCAGGGUCCCUUGCCCGGCACGGUGAACGAGUUUUGGAGGAUGAUCUGGGAGAAGAAUGUGCAGACUGUGGUCAUGCUGACACGCUGCAUCGAACAGGGAAAGAUAAAAUGUGAGCAGUAUUGGACCGAAGACACGAAGCACUAUGCCAACAUCACUGUGACCAAAACCUCAGAAGUACCUCUGGACGACUGGACAAUCAGAGAGUUCGACAUUAAAAAUGUAAAAACGGCAGAGACUCGAACUAUUCGCCACUUCCACUUCACAGCAUGGCCGGACCACGGAGUGCCGAAAACCACCGAGCUGCUCAUCAGCUUCAGACACUUGGUCCGAGAGCACAUGGACCAAUAUUCCAAAUUUUCUCCUACCGUUGUCCACUGCAGUGCUGGUGUGGGACGCACAGGCACUUUCAUUGCCAUUGACCGUCUGGUUUUCCAAAUUGAGAGGGAAAAUAUUGUGGAUAUUUAUGGUGUUGUCCACGAUCUGCGUCUUCACCGGCCCCUCAUGGUGCAGACAGAGGCUCAGUAUGUGUUUCUGAACCAGUGUGCGCUGGACAUUAUCAAGUCAAGAACUGGAACCAAUGUGGAUCUCAUCUACCAAAACACAGCUGCCUUCUCCUUGUACGAGAAUCUGGAGCUGAAGAGGUUUAAGUAAUUGUAGGCUCGGUUUUAUAAGGAAAAUAAUUCAUGCAAUACUUUUUGUGUUUUUCUAAUCAGGUGCACUUAAGUACUUUGGUCUUUCACUUUUGCCACUGCAAAUCAAGGCAAUGUAACACAAUAUACUGUAUCUUUAUGGCUGUCUGAAAAUAUACUUCUUUUUUUAGUAUAAAAGCAAUGUGUCAUGGAUAGUGAUGAGAGUUUCUCAAAAGCUAAUAUAUUCACGUAAAUAUCUGUUGUGCCUGUUACGUUGUGCUUCAAUACUACUGCGUGUCUUCUCAGGUAUAUGAACACUGUAAACCUGCUAUUUUCUAUCUUGCCAGAAGAUGGCGCUGUUCGUUUAAUUAUACUAAGCCAAACAGAAAAAGACAACCAGGGAUUCCAAGCUGUUUCCAAUACUGUAAGUUCAAUAUGUUUAUGAACGAGACCAAAUAAUUGUGCGUAUUUAUUGUGUUUUUAUCUACUUGCACCUCUUGUUUUGUUUGAAAAGUGCACUUGUUUCACAAAUGUACAGUUGGUUGUGUAUGAUGCGCUGGAUGCAUUCGUGUGUCUAUUUUUAUUAUAAACUCCUUCGUCGGUCAA